ACUGGUAUGGAUCGUGCCUUUUCUGGUUCGACACUUCGAAAGCCACGGCAGGGGAACUUCAUGCGAGACCGCAGUGCACAGCUGUGUGUGUGCCUGUUGCUAGGCAACACAACUUUCCGCAUGUCGCACAUUGAUAUUCAGAAGCCUCGUUUUCGUUUUCAAGGGUGGAGCAGACGGCGCGAAACAAUCGGCAAAGUUUUGAGCUCGAAGCCGCUGAGACACGCGUUUCUCUGUAGCGAAGAGAAAACGAUAUAGAAACCCUGACAGUGUGAGGAAUACGUGCAAAGAGUAAGGACAACAAUGACAUAUUUUAACGGGGAAGCUAUGAUUGAUGUCAACAUUGGAUUCUCUUACUUUCAGAACUUCGCUUGGUGAACAGCAAUCCUUCGAGCUUCUACUGUGUACAAGUGUAUGUGAGUGUUGCGAACUGCGUCUAUCUGCAGUUACUAAAAGUGUAUUUUUUUCGUGUGUGCCUGUUUCCUGCUGAGAUUUACUUCAAGAGAAGACUGAUGAAAUGAACUAAAUGGAUAAAUACAUUCCAGGAGUACGUAAUGUUUCUACUUUGCGUGUCGUCUUUUACUUCUGCAGUUGACGCACUGUUCAACUGUGGAACAGACUGUAACAGCAGCUGUUCCCCUUUCAUACUAACUCGAGCACAUGCAAGACAUGUCCCGAAGGGGCCUAUAGAAGAGAGACAAAACAGAGAAAAAAGUGAAAGAAGAAAUAAAAUCUAUUAUUCGUCAGAUCACUGCAACAGUCACAUUUCUGCCACUUCUGGAAUCUCUCUGUACCUUUGACAUUUUGGUUUAUACAGACAAAGAUGCCGAAGCACCAUCUGCAUGGGGUGAAUCUGGUCCCCACUUUAUCAUAAAUUCUGAAGAGCCUCACUGGAAAGGAAUCUUAUUAAAGGGGAUGGAUGGGAUGGUGAUAAACACUGGGACCCCAAGCUGGUGAAGUUGAAGGGAGACCUUGACACAGCUGAUCAAAGCAAGUGAUAAAGUCGAGAGGUAGGACUCAAUUUUUUUAUAUUUAAUGUGUUAUGGCUGAUCAAGUGAAGAUGGGAAUGAGAGAGCGAAGCAUGUGUCCGUCAGCAAUCUGUGCCUGUCUCUGAAAUAAAAUAAAUUCUUUUUUAUUUUUCUUUGAAAGGACACUAGAUCAUCACACAACAAUCCCAGAUGUGUAGACCUCAAGCUAAUAAACUCCUUUGUUUAAGCGCAAUCUUUGUCGAAUCAAACAUAGAAAUAGUAUAAAACAUAAAUAACAAGAAAGGGGAAACUAAAUCAAGAAUCGAGCCUACCACUUGACGACAUAAGAUUGAUCCCAUGUGGUAAUUGAGUUACAUUCCAUUACAAGAGAAUUGCUGCCGACUGUGCUGCUAACUAAAAUUAAUCGUUUACACUAGAGUCUGUUUCGUUGACCUCUCUUGAACUUUGUGCAUUAUUUUCAGUCCGUCUUGAUGCAGUAAUAAUAAUAAAAAAUCUGUUACAGAGCAAAAUAUCUGAGAAUACUUAAAACACGCAGCUGCACAGGUAAAAUUUCUUAUUAUGCGAAAGAAUUACGAAAUAAGUUAGAACAUAACGUUAAAUUCGAUGAGAUGGAAAUGGCUAUACAUGCCUUGAAAAAAAAAUCUCCAAAACAAGACAAAAACCAAAAAACUUCCCAACAGACGGCGUUUUCAUUUACGUCUCUACAUACUGACUAACUGGAGGGGCCGUUGCCUGACUUGACCGUCUUGAGUGGUCAGCGAUCGAGAAAGGGUGUGAAAGGGCGCGCACUGACUCAACUCUAUGUGGUCAACGAACUGCCCCUUAAAAUCGGUGACCCAGUAAAACAAAGAUACAACAGUUUGAACUCCCCCCUACACACACACACGCAAGGCAGGUCGAACAAAGUGGUGCAAGGUGAAACCAGACAUGCAUAAUGCUUAUCGCGAGAUUGAGUGGAACGGGACGGUAUAAAAAGCGAGGAGUGACACCAGACACCAGACACCCCAGAAGAGCCGGUCAGAGGUAGCCAUGUAUUCCUCAUGGUCAGUCGUCUUCUCGUUGCUGGGCUCUCUCUGUCUGCCGACAGUUUUGGCGGUGAGGUACGAUCCCAACUGGGCUUCUCUGGACUCCAGACCGCUGCCCGCCUGGUAUGACGACAGCAAGAUUGGCAUCUUCCUGCACUGGGGUGUCUUCUCUGUACCCAGCUACCAGAGCGAAUGGUUCUGGUGGUCGUGGCAAGGCUCCAAGAGCCAAGCGGCUGUCGACUUCAUGACCAAGAACUACAAACCUGACUUCACCUACGCUGACUUUGCUGCUGACUUCACCGCCGAAUUUUACGAUCCCUCUCGUUGGGCUGACAUCUUCAAGGCUUCGGGUGCAAAAUACGUCGUUCUAACGUCCAAGCACCAUGAAGGGUUUACUAACUGGCCAUCAAAAUACUCGUGGAACUGGAAUGCAAUGGACGUUGGACCCAACCGGGACCUCGUUGGUGAUCUUGCCAACGCCAUCAGAUCAAAGACUGAUAUCCAUUUUGGCGUUUACCACUCCCUUUUUGAAUGGUUCAACCCACUGUACCUUCAGGAUGUCAAGAACAACUACACAACUCAGGACUUUGUUGCCACCAAGACAUUGCCAGAGCUGUACGAACUGGUGAACACUUACAAGCCUGACGUCGUGUGGUCUGACGGCGACUGGAUGGUCGAUGACACCUACUGGAACGCCACACACUUUCUUGCUUGGCUGUACAACGACAGCCCCGUGAAAGACACAGUCGUUGUGAACGACCGAUGGGGAAAAAAUAUUCGGUGUCAUCAUGGAGGAUUCUGGAACUGUGACGACAGAUUUGUCCCAGGCAAACUUGUCAACCAUAAAUGGGAAAACUCGAUGACUCUUGACAAGUACUCGUGGGGUUUCCGACGGGAUGCUCAGCUUUCAGACAUUUACAGCAUGGAUGAGUUUAUUGCCCUUUUGGUCAGGACGAUCAGUCUGGGCGGUAACCUCCUGGUGAAUGUCGGCCCCACGAAGUACGGCGUUAUCUCCCCUAUCUACGAGGAACGACUCACUCAGAUGGGACGAUGGCUUCAGGUCAACGGAGAAGCCAUCUAUGGCACUCGGCCUUGGAAAUACCAGAAUGAUACUGCCAACUCGGACGUAUGGUACACGUCAAAACUCACGUUAAUUGUCUCCAUUAAUUGUUUAUCAUUAGAAGGAGAGAUAAAGAAUAUAAUUACAUAG